AGGACCUUCAUCUUCCUCCUUCUCUGCGCUGGACCUUCAUCUUCCUCUUUUUCUUCCAGCCUCAGGGAUGCCGGGAGGUCCUUGCGCCUGAUGGAGAAGGAAAGAAAGGGGCCCUUUCCGACCCAGAGAUGCCCCUCCGCCAUGGCCAGGGCCCCCGGAGGCAGCGCCCCUGCCCUGCUGGGUCCUGGCGAGCUGGUGGUGGUGAAGGUGGAGGAGGAGGAAGAGGAGGAGGCUGCCCGUGAGGCGGCGGCACCCGACCCGGAGGCCUGGAGGCAGCGUUUCCGCCUGUUUGGGCACCGAGGGGAGGCCGCGGGGCCCCGGGAGGCCCUGGCCCGGCUCCGGGAGCUCUGCCGCCGGUGGCUGAGGCCAGAUCUUCACUCGAAGGAGCAGAUGCUGGAGCUGCUGGUCUUGGAGCAGUUCUUGAGCCUCCUGCCCGGGCAGGUGCAGGCCCGCGUGAGGGAGCGGCGGCCCCAGAGGGGCGAGGAGGUGCUGGGCCUGCUGGAGAGGCUGGACCACGGGCUGGAAGAAAAUGGUGCCCAGGUGCCCAAAGUCCCCCCGUGGCCCCAGGAGCAGCUGCAGCGAGACCAGGGUGUGGAGGCCCCGCAGGCCAGAGCCGAGUGUCAGCCGCCCGCCUUCCAGCCUCAGACAGGAUCCGAGCCCCCUGGGGCCGAGCCCGGCCUGACCUUCGCCGACGUGACCGUGAGCUUUUCCUGGGAAGAGUGGGGGCACCUGGGGCCUGGGCAGAAAGAGCUCUACAGGGAUGUGCUGUGGGAGAGCUACGGGCACCUGGGUGCCCUCGGAAUCCCUGUCCCCAAACCAGACCUGAUUGCCUUGAUUGAUGGAGAGGAGGAGGCCAGAGAAGGGCGGCUCUGCUCGGCUGGACAGCAGCCCCUGCCGGAAGGGGCCCCCGCCGGUUAUGGGAAGAGGCCCCGUGAGGGGAAUCCCCAGGAGAAAGGGCCCCAGCACAGAGCCCCGCAAGCUGCCACCUCCCCACAGGACCCGGCAAAGUCACCGGGGCAGGACGCCAGAAGGGCUUCUCCACAAGGGCCAGGGAGUCCUUGGGUGCCCCCUGUGCCUCAGAGAGAUCUCGUGGCCGCGAGCGUCCCCGCUGUGCAGCUCCAAGUCCCCCAUGUAAAAGGGGGCAAAGGGAAGCUGUCGGUCCAGCAGAGACCUCUCCCGAGUGAGGGAGGGUCUUCUCCAUGCCUAGAAGAGAAGAUUCCCUGGAAAGACCUCCCGGCACUGACCAAAGGGCCCAAACAAUACAGGUGUAGGGACUGUGGGAAAAGCUUCCACUGCAAGUCUCCGCUCGUCCGCCACCAGAGGACACACACAGGAGAAAAACCAUUUAAAUGUCCCGACUGUGGCAAAGACUUCAGCCAGAGAUCCAAUCUGAAUAUCCACCAGAGAGUGCACACGGGCGAGAAGCCCUACACCUGUGCUGACUGUGGGAAGGGCUUUAGCCACCAGACCACGCUUCGGAUCCACAGGCGCACCCACAUGAAGGAGAAGCCCUACACAUGCUCUGAGUGUGGGAAAGGCUUCAGCCAGACCUCCCACCUGCACGUCCAUCAGCGCGUCCACACGGGUGAAAAGCCCUACAAGUGUCUCGUGUGUGGGAAGGGCUUCAAGCAGAGCUCCAACCUGCAGGUCCAUCAGAGAGUCCAUCGGGGGACGGCGUCCUCCAGCCGCCCGGAGUGAUGUCCCCGGGCCCUCUCGCUCACUCAUUCAUCCAUUUAUCCUGCAUCCCUAAAUAAAUGUACAGUCUAAGGGGGAGGGGGAAAAAGGCACAUGGAACAGAGGCCAUGCAGCAAAGACUGUUGUAUUUUGACAGGAGGACCCAGCUUUGAAACCCAGCUCGGCCACAUCCUUCCUAUUCCAUACAAUUUUGGGGGGCUCCCUCAGUCUCCUCUACAAGAACAGUGUUUUAAAGUCAAAGAACCUCAAUUAAAAUUAAAAUCCCAACCCUGCUGGCCCUCAGGGUCUCCUCUGUAAGAAGCAGUUCCGGGUUAAGUUCUCGUCCACCAAAAUGGCUUCAAAAAUCAGAACGCAAUCUGGCAGAAAAUAGGUGUAGACCAACAUCUCACACCCCAUAGCAAGAUAAGCUCCAAAUAAAUCAUAGUGGAGACAGAAAAAUGACAAUAAUCAAACUAGGGAUUCAACAGAGAAAUUCUACACAUAGGAGAAAGUGCUCAUGACCCAACGAAGGAGAUGAGCGCAGAAGACAAAACGGACAAUUUGGACAAAAUAUCUUUGUAUAAAGAAAAUCCACCUACUUCAAAUUAGACGAGAAUCAGGCAACUGGGGGGAAAUCUCUGCAGCAAUUUCCUCUGAUAAAGGUCUCAUUUCCAAGAAAUAUAAGGAACUUGUUCAAAUUUAUAUAAACAAGAGUCCUUUCUUAAACUGAUCAAUGGUUUAAAAAAAAUACAAGCUGUCCACAAUGAUGUAAAAAACUUUAAAUCACUAAUAUUUAGAGAAAUACAAAUUAAAGCAACUUGUUUCUUUACCUCAUGCCCAUCAAAAGUGACAGACAAAAGAGGAAAAUGACAAAUGUUUGAGAGGCUGGGGAAACGUAGUGCAGUGUAGAUGCUGUGAAUGAGUUUGGCCAUUCUGGAAAGCAACUUGAACUUUUGCCCACCCACCAGUCACCAGGUCCUUCGUCAACAGUACCACAAACUUAUCGUAUGUCCUCCACAGAGAUCAAAGGAAAAAGAUAUAUAUGUAUGUGUGUGUGUGUGUGUGUGUGUGUGUGUGUGUGUGUAUGUAUAUAUCCAUACAUAAAAAAAAUAGCUGUUUCUAUAGUGGCAAAACUGGAAACUGAGGUGGUGGCCCCCCGUGGGGAAUGGCUAAAAAUAUGUGAAGUAAUGCAAUAUUAUUUUGCCACAUGAAAUGCUUAAAUGGCCAAUUUUACAGGAAACUGUGAUCUUUAGGAACUGAUGUACUCCAUAGUGAAGUGAGCAAUUUACAAAACAAUGGGACUAUAAAGAGGGACAACUUAAGUGGAAUUCUGAGGCAGCAGCAAAGUCCAGUCCAGAUGCCAGUAAGGAAGCAUGUUUCUUAUUUCUUGGCAGAGGAGUAAUGGACUCAAAAUGUAGAAUGACAAAUGCAUUUUGAAUGCAGACGAUAAGAGUUUACUUUGCUUGACUAUGCAUAUUUUCCACAAGGAUUCUGGUUUUCUUGGUUCAGUUGGGAAUGGAAGAAAAAGAAAAUAAAUGCUUUAAACUGGAAAAAAAAAAAAUUUAAAAAAA